GGGAAGCUUCCCGCCGAUAUUCGUGACUCGGAGACGCUGAAAGCACUGUUUGGCAACCAGAGACUAAUCGCUUUUCCUUCCAACCAACCUGGAAUGAGUUACGCAUUAGCACUCCAAAGAGAGGGCCAUCAAAUUCAUCUGGGAUAUCGAGGCAAAGAUCUGGUCAUUCGAGCCUGCAAGGCUGACAUGGUCUUGGAACUUGUCCCCCGCUCGGUGUUUGAUAAUGGCCGAAGCAUUGAUCUGCCCACUCCUUUGGUCCAUGAUUGCGUGCACUGGCUCGAUCUGAGGUCCGGGAUUAUAGAGGCUAGACGGUCACCCGCCAUUUGGAAAGAGAGAGCUGGGAAUUGGAAGAUCCAUGUUCGAACCCGAAAGGCGCAACGUGGGAGUUCCCUCCUGGUUGAUCCCCAUUCCCGGCUGGCUGCGUCGAUUGCCAAGAUCUUCAUGCAUUUUGAGCAACCAUCAAUGCUGACCAUUUAUCAACCUGCCGUCUUUACUCUCUCGGUUGAGUUAAAGCGCAUGAAUCUCAGCUUCCAUGUGAAUAUGCAGAAGCGGCUCCUGCAGUGCAAGCAGCUGGCCGCAGAGAUUGAUCCCAAUCAAGAUGCUGGCACGUGGUAUGGUCUACAGAGUAUGCUGGUGCUGCGAAAUGUCCACAAUCGCUCUCAGCGUAGUGUUAUUACAACGCUGGGGAAGAUUGAAUACCGACGACAGGGUAUCCAUGUCCUUGUGCGGAAAGGAAACAAUGGUGACUACGGGAGGUAUCGGAUUGACGAUGUUCUUGGUCGGCUCCAGGGUUCUGCAGACCCCCUGCAGCUGUACACCAAGGCCCAGCUGCAUGCCUACACCUCGUUCACGCUUCCCGAUUUACUGACAGGCCGGACCGGAACCGAAGAGGCGUUAGCUUGUUUGGGAUCCGCCUAUUCUCAACCAUGGACCCCGUUGAGCCAAAACAUCGUGGACCUGCUUCAGACAAUUUCACAUCUUACACCGUUGCGACAGUAUUAUCCAAAGGAGGCGAAGCGCCAGCAGGCCGUUACCUGGAACCAACAUCUUACGACCGUUAUACAACACGAGGGAUACCGGCCCGUCAUUGAGUUGAUUCUCAGCAGGUCUAAUCGGCUUUCGCUAUUCGAACUGGAGGGGGCACCCUCUUCACUGGACAAGGCGACAAAUGAGACACACCUCAGUGAAAGGGCCCGCUGGCGCCGGUCCAUCUACGAGCGAGCGGAUACUUUGUGCCAGGUCCCGACUGAACGCUACGACAUGACCUAUUUCUCACGCGUGGCACAUUACCCAUCUAAACGAGCGACCAGGACUCGCGAAAUUGUCACCUUGCUCCGAGAGAUGCCCUCCGAGAUUAACACUACCAAAGACCUUGCGAGAAUCCUAAAGCAGUGGCCAUACAUCGGUGGCUACCUCGGCAAAUUGACUCCGGGUGCGUUGCAUGAGAGCUUAUCUGUUGAUCUUGCCGUAGGAUGGGGUAGUUUGGUCCGCCUUUGUAAGGAGUGCACGACGCACGACGCUUACUAUGUCAUGUUCCGCCUGGGCCUGAUGGCAUACGGUGAUCGUGUGGAUAUGACGGUGAUCAGGGUUCUGGCAGCCUUCUUUAUCCUGGAUGAUCUGAAGAGACUCCCAUUACCCCAGUUCGCCUCCUUCGAAAACUUUCAGGACGAGGGACUCCCUGAUUUUAGCUCAAUUCUAGAACAGGUGAGAUUGUUCAAAACCGAAUACAAGCAUCCGACGCAUGGAAAGAGGAAAGGAAAGAAGGCGAGAGCGCGCGCUGAGAGCCCGGAGAUGGAACAGGCCCGGAAGAAACAUGACAUAGAUUCCGGAAUUGCGAGCGUGCAAUUUGCCACUUUUCUCUAUCAACAGUGGCCAUGUGCUAAGCCCUCGGUGGAUGGGUUCUCGUCGGAGUUCUUGGAUAUCGAGGGUGCUGUGAAAGCGAUCAGGCCUGACUGGGAGCGGCAGUACAAGAACAUGCGGCUUACGGACCAGCUUCGAAAUGUGCAGGAAAUUCUGGAUGCCCAUAGUGCAACGAUGAACCGACCCAAGGAUCUUCCACAGCGCUGCCCGUCUAAUGUCUGUUGGUCCCUCCCCAACAGUUCCCGAAAGUCCACGGUGCAGUUAGCACAAGAGCUCCUCCUCAAGCAGGGCCCAAGCUUGGAGCAGAGCAAAACUGCAAUCCCGGGUUUAGCUGUACAGCGGGUCCAGGAGCCUUGCCGAGUUUCAGUAGGGGGUGAAGUGAGUUCUGUGCCUGGGAUCACGGAGCUCGAGCACAUCGUGCAAGGGGUUGCCCACUCGGACUGCUCCGUCAGAACGAGGUACGGUCAAGACCUGCAGCUGAGUAUUAAUGCGCUGAAAGAGAAACACCGACAGCCAGAACGGGGUCAGCCAGAGAGGCUUAACUUUUCCGAAGGAAUGUCAAAAUUCGAUGAUCAGAUCAGAAAUGCUCGCGCAGUCGUAGACGGCUAUUAUCAACAGAUCCGUAACACGCUCUCAGCUGGCGACCGGAGAUAUCGUUGGCUGCGACAGGGUGGUCUUUGGCCGUGUAUCACCCCCGUCACCAUCUUGCAGCAGCUUCGGACCACUGGUUCUGUUACCUUUGGACCGAACAUGAAGGAGGCCCUGGUCUCCUAUGCGCUUGCCGUUGUCCGGUUACAGCGGUCGGCUCGGAUGAAGGAGCUCCAUGCCAAAGGCGACCAAAGCAGGCUGGAUCAGGAACACCUCCAUCCUUCGCAUGCCAUUUGGGAUUAUAUGGCAUAUCCGGACUGGAUUCUACUAGAAAUUGAUGCCGAUAUGCAGAUCCGCCAGGAACAAGUGACCGUGGCCCUGGAGAUGGUUUCUCCCACCUCGGGCUCGAAUUCCGUCCUGCAAAUGAACAUGGGACAAGGCAAGACUUCGGUCAUCAUGCCGAUGGUCGCAUCUGCCCUGGCUCACGGCGACGUCCUUGUCCGGUUGUUGGUGCCAAAGGCACUCACGACUCAGACGGCGCAGGUUUUGCAAGCCCGCCUGGGUGGCCUGGUGGGCCGGGAGCUGAUCCACAUCCCAUUCUCCCGGCGUACCCCGACGACCCCACACUUGAUUGGAGAAUAUCGAUCCUUGCAUGAAGAGACGCUUCAGAGAUCAGGCAUCGUCUUGGGGGUGCCAGAGCACGCACUGUCCUUUAAGCUGAGUGGGCUGCAGCGCGUUUCGGACAUGAAGAUCUCCGAGGCGGUGGAGAUGGUCGCAAUCCAAGGUUGGAUUGACCAGGUUGGCCGUGAUGUUCUCGAUGAGUGUGACUUUACAUUGUCUCCCAAGACCCAACUCAUCUAUCCCAGUGGCUCGCAGCUCGUCGUGGACGGGCAUCCCGAUCGCUGGGAGGUCAUCAUGGCUGUGUUGGGGCUGGUGGCCCAGCAUCUCCGCGAUCUGGCACAAGAGCUUCCGCAAAGCAUCGACGUAGUGAACAGGGCAGUCGGUGCAUUUCCACUGGCCUAUCUCCUCCGACAAGAUGUGGAGGAGAUUCUCUGCAAGCGCAUUGUGGACGACGUGUGUUCCGGCCGAGGCUCCGUUUUUCCCAUUGAAGAAUACGAUGAAAUGGAGACUGCAAAGAUCAAGCAAUUUAUUUCCGAGGAACGGCUGGAUGCCCCAGUGUUGAAAGACAUCAAUAUCCUGCUAGAAGACGUUCCUCGGGCCCGGAAAAAAGCUUCCCUCUUACGGGGACUUCUGGUACAUCGGAUUCUGCUGCUGUGCCUCAAGAAACGAUGGAAUGUGCAAUACGGGCUCCAUCCGAAACGAGAUCCCGUGGCAGUUCCUUUUCAUGCCAAAGGCGUUCCAUCGGAUCAUGCCGAAUGGGGUCACCCUGAUGUGGCUAUCCUGUUUACCUGUCUUGCUUUUUACCACGAAGGCAUGAACCAGGCACAAACCCGGCAGUGCCUUAAGGCCCUCUUGAGGUCGGAUGAUCCUGCGACAGAGUACGAUCGAUGGACUCAUGCAUCUUCCGCGCUUCCGGAAGGGCUCCGGCACUGGAACCUCAUCAACGUGGACGACCAGGGGCAGGUGGCGGAGAUCUGGCAGCACCUACGGUUUUCGACCACGGUCAUUAACUACUUUCUCAAGAACUUUGUCUUUCCGGUCCAUGCCAAACAAUUUGCCGUCAAACUCCAGACGUCUGGGUGGGACGUCCCUUUUUUUACGAACUCUACCGAGGGUUCCCCAAGCCGACCUAGUCGCGCCGGACUGACAACGGGGUUUAGUGGGACGAAUGACAACCGCAGACUGCUGCCUCUGACGAUUGAGCAGCAUGACCUGCCGGAGCUGUUGCACACCAAUGCGGAAGUUCUCACGUACCUGCUGCAGAAACGCAACCGGGAAUACCGACUUGCCGUCACCAAUGGCAGGCGCUUAUCGGAAGAGGAACUCCUGGUGAAUCUGAAAAGCAAGGGCAUCCGCGUUCUCAUCGAUGCGGGCGCGUUUAUUCUCGAGAUGGACAAUCGGACGCUGGUGAGAACGUGGCUGGAGAAGGAUUCUCAGGCCCAGGCUGCGGUGUACUUUGGAAGGGACAACAAAGCCUGGGUCCAGUACCAAAGCGGGCGCAGCAUCCCCCUGAUCGCUACCCCA